AAACCCGGGUACUGUAAUCGUAAUUAAUUGUUAACCCAAAAUAUUCCACCCAAAAAAAAAAAAAAAAAAAAGUUUUGUUAACCCAAAAGUCCUCCAUUGAAGUGCUUGGAAAUUGGAAUGGCUCUUCUUGGCUCCAACAUCGCUGGUGAGGUUGGGUUGCGGUUGCUCCUCUGUCCUCUCGGUUCUAACAUUGUAGUUCGAACAGCAUGUUGUUCUGUGGGGAUUGUUCUACCUGUAUACUCUACAUGCAAGGCAAUUGAGAGGAAAGAUCAUGACGAUCAACAAAAGUGGCUCUUAUAUUGGGCAGCUUAUGGAUCUUUCAGCCUUGUAGAAGUAUUUUCAGAUAAGUUUAUUUCUUGGUUUCCUCUGUACUAUCAUCUAAAAUUUGCAUUUCUUGUUUGGCUUCAACUUCCAUCUGUUGAUGGUGCAAAGCAGUUGUACAUCAGCCACCUGCGUCCAUUCUUCUUGAGGCACCAGGCUAGAAUUGAUCACGUUUUGGGCAUUGCGUAUGGAGAAAUGGCCAAACUCAUUAGUGCACACCAAACAGAAAUUCAAUAUGCCAGGGCUGUGAUUGUGAAGAUUAUGGGAUCAGCGGAACUAAUGUUGAAGGGUGGAGACAAGCCAGAUCAAACCCAGCAGCACCGUGCAAUUGAGGGACAAACAAGAACCUCCGUCAUUGAGUCUGAUGAUGGUGAUGAUGAUUAGUGUAGGCUAAUAUCCUGUUAAUUAUGUGAUAAUUUAAUGCAAAUAGUAUUAGUUACUUUAUGUUAAUAUUAUAUUGAUUUGCAUCUUUUUUUAUUUGCUUGGGUUUAUAUAUAGUGAGGAUGAGGAUGUUUUGGCUUGAAGCGGCCCUUGGCAGCUUUUGUAUUUUUUGUCAAAAUGAUGUCAAUUUAUUCUUUUUUCUCCC